AUGAUAAGAUUUCGACGAACUGCAAUCGUUGAAGAAGAAAUACUCGAUGCUGUUCAAUUAUCUCCUACUACUAGUACCAGAAGAUUGUCUUCUCGUUUCGAUAUUUUCUUUACCAGCGCAUGGCGAACUUCACGCGAACAACAAUUGUAUCCAUUUCAGGUAUCGAGUAGGAAUAUCCUAGGACUGAGCAAGGACAGUCCACUCAAUCCUCUUAUCGUAGAGCCAGACCAGAUCAUCCACUUCACAUUCGAUAGGUUUCGAGUGUUCGAGAUAAGAUAUCAGCUGUUAUUUAUGGACGUGAACAGGUGUGAACGCUGA